AGCACUGCUUCUCUUAUGUCACCAGAUGGUAGAAGAAGAUAUACGGAAGGAGACAUCCGUGAAGGAUGGUGAUGAACCAUCCUUACAUGAUGUUAACACAGAUGAUGAGAACGAUGAGGUGGAAUAUGAGGCUUGGAAACUGCGUGAGCUGAAGCGAAUCAAACGGGAUCGUGAGGAGAGAGAACAGAUAGAACGGGAACGACUGGAAAUAGAACGGCUGCGCAACAUGACAGAAGAGGAGAGGCGGCAAGAGCUUAGGAACAACCCCAAGUUUGUCACUAACAAAGCAACGAAGGGCAAAUAGAAGUUCCUGCAGAAGUACUAUCACCGUGGUACUUUCUUCAUGAAUCAGGAUGAUGACCUGUAUAAGAGAGACUUCUCGGCCGCGACACUGGAGGAUCACUUUGACAAGACCAUUCUGCCAAAGGUGAUGCAGGUGAAGAACUUUGGGCGCAGUGGUUGCACCAAAUUCACUCACCUUGUGGACCAAGACACUACACAGUUUGACUCCCCGUGGAUAUCGGAGACUGCUCAGAAUCUCAAGUUCCACAACAACCAGGCUGCAGGCAUGAAGCAGGUUUUUGAACGUCCAUCUGUCAAGAGGAGCAAAUAGAGAGGGCAGGCUUCAUGCAUAUGGUUGUCACUAUUGUGACUGGAAA